AUGAUAAAAAAUAUGUCCGGAGUUUACGAGUUCUUAGAUGCUACCAAGAUUCAUAAUCUGAAGUGGUUCAUUCCGUGUCCUGUUUUGCUUUAUGGUAAACGGGAGUAUAUUAUGUCUACAAAUCACCUAGAUAUUGGGAGAUUUUAUAUGGUAUUUGGGUUUUGGUCAGUUUUGGCUGGAACAAGAUUUAGGUCUUUAAUUCGAUGAAGACUGUUUAAUCCGGGAGCUAAAUUUUUAGACCCUGUUUGUUAUAACGCUGUAGUAACUAUGCAUGCUCUGGUAAUAAUCUUUUUCUUUGUAAUGCCUGUCAUAAUUGGGGGUUUUGGUAACUGAUUGGUUCCUUUAAUGUUAGAGGUUCCUGAUAUACAAUUUCCUCGUGUCAAUGCUUUUAGAUUUUGGGUUUUACCCGCAUCUCUUUACUUUAUAGGAAUCUCUGGGUUCGUGGAAAAUGGAGUUGGUGCUGGUUGAACUAUUUACCCUCCGUUGUCUACUUUUUCCUAUCAUGGCAUGUGUAUGGAUCUGGCUAUUUUAAGGCUUCAUUUGGCAGGUAUUAGGUCUAUUUUUAGAUCAAUUAACUUUAUAGUGACUAUUAAAAAUAUGCGUUCCGUGGAUGGUCAUUUGUUAAGGUUAUUUCCAUGGUCAAUUAAAGUAACAUCUUUUUUAUUGCUUACAACUUUGCCUGUAUUGGCGGGGGGUCUUACUAUGCUUCUGACAGACCGACAUUUUAAUACUUCUUUUUUUGACCCUGUGGGUGGAGGAGACCCGGUUUUAUUUCAGCAUUUAUUCUGAUUUUUCGGGCACCCUGAAGUUUAUGUCCUAAUUCUUCCCGGUUUUGGAAUAAUUUCUCAUGUUUUGUGUUUUUGAUCUAGAAAGAAAACAGCUUAUGGUAAUAUGGGAAUGUUUUAUGCAAUACUAAAUAUCGGGUUUUUAGGGUUCAUUGUGUGAGGGCAUCAUAUGUUUGUUGCUGGUAUAGAUAUUGAUACGCGAGCUUACUUUAGGGCGGCGACUGUUAUUAUUGCUGUCCCUACCGGUAUUAAAGUGUUUGCUUGAAUUGCUACAAUAAUAGGAUCGCAAGUGUCCACACAUGCUCCUAUGCUUUGAUCUACUGGUUUUAUUAUCUUAUUCACAAUUGGUGGGUUAACUGGGCUUAUUUUGUCUAGUGCUUCGAUUGAUGUGACUCUUCAUGACACUUAUUUUGUAACUGGGCAUUUUCAUUAUGUUUUAUCAAUAGGGGCAGUUUUUACAAUUUUAGCUGGAUUUACUCAUUGAUUCCCGCUGUUUUCUCGCGUCAUGCUUCAUCGUCAAAAAAUAAAGAGGCACUUUAUUGCUAUAUUCUUGGGUGUUAAUAUUGCUUUUUUACCACAUCAUUUCUUAGGGUUAGCCGGAAUGCCUCGCCGAGUAGCUGAUUAUCCUGAUCAAUUUUGAUUCUGGAAUAAAGUGUCUACUUUUGGGUCACACCUAAGAACAGCUUCUUUACUUUUUUUUGUAUUCCUAGUGUGGGAAGCCUUUAUUGCUCAUCGACCUGUAGUCUCAGUUCGAAAUAGGUCAAGCUCUCCUGAGUGAUCAGUGAUAGUAAACCUUCCGAAGCAUGCUGCUCUAGAGUCAGCUAAGAUGUUAAAAGAUCCAGCAAAGAAGUACUUAGGAACACGUUUGUAG